UAUUGAAUGCCCACCUCUAAGCGGGAAGAGGAGAGCGGCGAUUGACAUGGCGUCGUCGAAGGCUCACCUCACCACCCUUCACCAUCGUCUCUAUCAUGCUCUCAAUCUCGGCUUCAGGUUGGGCGAUGAUAAGGAGAAGAAAUGGGAGUGUACAGAUAUUGAGAUACAGAGGCAUGUGGUUCGGUCGAUUACAGCUUUUCUUGAUUGUUUCUCGCGGAGUACGUCAAAUAAUCGUCUUCUGAAGGAUUCAGUUUCUGACAUAACAAGGGCAUUGGUAUUUAUUCUAGGCUGUAGAAAUAAAGCAGUGUCAGGCAUGGCGGCUGAUGUGGUGGUUAGGUUGGUCCACAUCGCUCCUAACUCUAUGCUGCAGUUGUAUGUAUUGGAUCUCGUGGGAUCUUUGUCACCUUUGUUAUGCUGUCAUCAAGUGGAAGUUUGCCUUCCUGGUGCAACUGCUCUGAACACAAUUCUUUUAAGCUUCAGAGAAAUGAAGGAGAAAGUUGUGUGGAAAAUUUUAGAAGAGACGAAAGUUGUUGUCUCUAUCGUUGGUCGUCUAAGGGACUUCUCUGAUGCUACUAUCCCUUCGGAGUGCUUCCAGGAGAUGGCUCCACUUUUAAGUACAAUAUUAUUGAGAUGGCCUCAAUCGAGGUAUUAUGUCUGGAACAACUCAGAGUUGAUGGUCAUCUUGGAGGGUAUUAGCCAAAAGCCUGACGUGGGUUUGAGAGUUGCGGCUUUGAAGUUGUAUUCUGCUGUAGCUCUUUGUGGUCAUGGAGCCAAAAAGCUUCUAGAGAAUGGAAAACAUAUGUUAGAUGUGAUGAUUAGUUGCAUGGACAAGUUAAGCCCACAAAAUGCUCGAACAGAAGGUUUCAAGCUAGCACAGAGGCUUGCGACAGGUAAACAAGAGUGCUUGAGAAUGAUAGGCAUGUGCUGUGAGCCUCUAGUGAAGAUUAUAGUUCAGGGAAUGAAUCGGUGUUCCUUGACCUCAGGAAAGCUUGCUAAUGAUCAGAUUUCUUUGCUCAUGGAGGCUUGUAAGCUGGCCCUAAUCACCCGUUGGGAAGGAAAGCAUCACAUUUAUUUCUGGAAGAAUGGAAUAGCACAUGUGCUUCUUAGUCUUGUCAUGGAGAAUUUUCAUGGUCAACGCUUAAGCAGUUCCAUGUCUCUGGAAGAACAAAUUUCAAUUGCAGAAGAGGUCUUGAAUGAGAAUUUUCUACCUAGUCUGAGGUCAUAUAUUUGGGAUAUAAUAGGAUUCUUGGCGAUUCACUGUGAAGAAGAAUUCACACCUGUUUUGCUUGGAGAUGAGUUCCGUCUUAACUUUCUUGUCACAUGUGCAUGUUUGACCUUUUCAAGGUCAGUUCAGAGAGGAUACCAAAUCUGUCAAAACGAUAUGAUCAGCGCCUCACAGAGCGAGUCCGCAGCAAGAGCAACGCUAAUGAUGAUAUAUUCUUCCUGCAAAUAUGUAUCAUCAAAGGCUAGAGUUGUGCUUUCAGUUAUCCUAGAAAAAUGUGGUGGGCAGCAUGUAAAAUCCCUUCUCAAUUUCCUGAGUUACACAGCAUCGGGAAAAAGUCAUAUACUGCCACAUAUCUUACAAACCGCUGUCUGCUUGGUGGGUUUGGCCUGUUAUUCUUGUAUCCCGCAAUAUGCAAGUGUUGUUAUAGAAAAUCAAGGCAUAGAAAUAUCAUUGUCCUUCUGUAGCUGGUAUCUUAGGAAUCGUGACAAUAUUGGACCAUCAAGUUUUGCUCCUCAUCUCCAGAGCAUUGUUGAGAAGAGCACAUGCUGCUGGGCAUGUGCAGAAGAUUGGGACAACAAAGAUACUCUUCUGCUUUAUUCUCUUUGGGCAGUGGCCGAGAUGUUAUAUCAUUCUGGCUAUGAACAGAAUCACCUGGAAGAAUUUUUUACUAAGAGAAAAAGUGUGAAAGAUCAGUUAUGCGCCACACUUGAGGAGAUCCGAGAUGGCAUCUAUGGUCUGGGUCCAAGAUGGUAUUCUGCUCACAUCCUCAGUUAUUUUGGAUGCUAUGGCUUCCGAAGUAAGUUGGGGAAAAGACUGAUGAGAGCUUUCAACGAUGAGGCAUGCAGCGACAUGCUACUUGUUUUUGCUAGUGAGAAGAAUGUGAGUGUGCACAGAGUUAUUCUUGCUGUUAGGUGUCCAUCAUUGCUACCUCCUGAGAUGGGAGCUCUCAGUCGCUCAUCAAUAACAAGUGAUAAGCCUCUGGGAAUUGUUCAAGAAAUUCGCAUGUCUUCAAAUGUGGAUUCUCAGGCGCUCGUCAAAUUGUUGGAAUUUGCUUACUCUGGCUAUGUGGAAGUUGAAAACACACUGUCGAAGAAGCUCAGAACUUUAGCAAGACAUUGUAAUUCACAAAUUCUGCUGCAUAUGCUCAGCAGAAGGAGACCAAAGUGGGGAUCUUCAAUUCCCAGACUUGACCUUCGCCUUGCCCUCAAUGCUACAUUCCUCCACCUCUCGGAUGUCAUAUUAGAACCUAAAGAAGUGGAUAUACCUGGCUGGAACUGCCGUUUCUGUUCCUCAACGUUUCCUCAUGUCCACGCUCAUCGGGUUAUACUUUGGUCAAGCUGUGAAUAUCUACGUGCCCUGUUCCAGUCUGGGAUGCAGGAGAGCCAUUCAGACAGACUAAGUGUUCCCGUUGGCUGGCUGGCAUUAACUAAGCUUCUCAGCUGGUUCUAUGCCGAUGAGCUGUCAAACCCUCCGUCGGGCUGUGUAUGGGACAACAUGAACAACGAGGAAAAACUACAUGAACUACGUCCUUAUGUUGAGAUGUAUUCACUGGCUGAGUUCUGGAUUCUGGAAGAUCUCCAAGAAGACUGUGCGCGGGUGAUAGAGUCUUGUUUGAAGUCAGCCAAAGAGUUGUGGAUCAGAAUAAUGGAAAUAGCUGCAAAUUUAUCGCAAUGGAAACUGGCAGAAGCAGCAGCUGAUCAUGCGGCUCCUAUAUACCAUAAGCUGCGAGACUCUGGAGAGCUGGAUGAGAUAGAUGAAGAGCUGGUGAACAUGAUACGGGCAGCUUCCGUUAGAUUCUCUCAGUGCGGUAACAUGACCUGAGGAUCUCCUCCUCUCUUAACUUAUAGGGGGCAGGCCAGCAUGCAGCUGAUCCGCAUGCUGACAUAGUUCGGGGUAUGAGUUAAUGAUAUGAGGGCUGUUAGGAUCUGACAGGUCACAGCACCCAUGUCCGUCCGAUGCGUGGUGGUAAAUAUCUUUCUUCAAAAUGAAAAUGUAAGCUUGAUUGGUUGGUAUGUCUGAUUGUAUUCUCUUUUAUGGUAUAGAUUUCGAGAUUCUUUUUCACGGUUUGUACUGUGGCCCAGAUGUUAGGGUGAUUCUUGUACCUGUUUACAAACGUUGUUGUUUGUUGUUGUUGCUGGAGGAGUUUUCAAAGUGUUAUAGACACUUGUAAAUCUCUACUGUUCAAGUUUAACAGCUUCAUCUUCCUUGGUUA